AUGGUUGUCAACGUUGGAAUUAACGGUUUCGGACGUAUCGGACGUAUUGUCUUCCGUAAUGCCGUCGAGCACGACGACAUCAACGUCCUCGCCAUCAACGACCCCUUCAUUGACCCCAAGUAUGCCGUCUACAUGCUCAAGUACGACUCCGCCCAUGGUAACUUCAAGGGUGAGGUCUCUUGCUCUGAGGCCGGUGACUUGAUCGUCAACGGAAAGACCAUCAAGAUGUACCAGGAGCGCGACCCUGCAAACAUCCCAUGGGCCCAGGCUGGUGCUGAGUACAUCGUCGAGUCCACUGGUGUCUUCACCACCAUUGACAAGGCCUCUCUUCACUUGAAGGGUGGUGCCAAGAAGGUCAUCAUCUCUGCUCCCUCUGCCGAUGCCCCCAUGUUCGUCUGCGGUGUAAACCUCGAGAAGUACAACAAGGACAUCAACAUUCUUUCCAACGCUUCUUGCACCACCAACUGCUUGGCUCCUCUCGCCAAGGUCCUCAAUGACAACAGCACCGGUGCCGCUAAGGCUGUUGGCAAGGUCAUCCCCGAGUUGAACGGAAAGCUCACCGGAAUGUCCAUGCGUGUCCCCACCCAGAACGUCUCUGUUGUUGAUCUUACCGUCCGUCUUGAGAAGCCCGCUUCCUACGAAGCUAUCAAGACCGCCGUCAAGGAGGCCGCUGCUGGCCCUCUCAGCGGUAUCCUCGCCUACUCCGAGGAUGAACUCGUCUCCAGCGAUCUCAACGGAAACAACCACUCCUCUAUCUUCGACGCUAAGGCCGGUAUCUCUUUGAACGACCACUUCGUCAAGGUCGUCUCCUGGUACGACAACGAAUGGGGUUACUCUCGCCGUGUCCUUGACCUCAUCUCUUACAUCUCCAAGGUCGACUGCGCUUAA